CGCACGUUGAAACUAUUGCCGCUUUCUCGUGUCAGGCUAAUGCACGUACGUGUUCUUUUAUUAUCAGGUUGCCGUAGGUAUUAGGUGAGCAAGACUUCAUUUACAGUUGUAAAAAGUUACUUUAAGGCCUAAAAUACCAGCAACUUACUCCACGAACAUGUUCAGAUGCGAAAACUAUAGCAAAAUAGGGACAACCACCUUGCAGUCAAGUGGAUUUUUGCGCAUUUCUUUUCAGUUACGCUACAUUUUCAUCAAAACGGGGCUCUGAAAUGCUCAUCAACGACUAGAUCUCAGUCCAACACCCGUCGUUUCUCAGCAAAAAUGUUUCUCUCUGUCAAAAAACGCUUUUUACUUACCGCAGGUGGUUGUGGAAUCUGUGUCAACAUUGGUAGGCCUAGUGGUAGCCAUCCCUGAUGAAAGGCCACCAAGACAGACUGGGCCAACUUUACGAGGGAUAACGAGAUCGUGACGUCACGAAUUUGAAAUUCAACAUGGCGGAUUACACAGCAUCGAGGUGGCAGGUCUCCCUGUAAUCUGCUGAUGAGCGGCGGCGGUUCAAGACAGGAUUUCAGGGACUGACUAUCUUGUUCUCAUGUGACGCGGACCAGGAGUUUCACUCGGUGUCUUCUUUUAUCUCCCAACACGUGAAUGAACCAUUUGUGCCUCUGUAGGUAACGGGCGACGCUGGGACGUUAUAUUCCAGGCUUUGGGGGGCGGAGAUUCAGAUUGUCGUGAACUCCACUCGGUGACGUCUUGUGGCUGGGGGCUUUCCCUUCCCUCCUCCUGUGUGUGGAAUAGACAUUGUGAACAGACCUUUUCAGGAGGGACUUUUACUCUUUUCCCAUUCUCCGGCCGAGUGUCAGUCGGCCUCCCCUCCUCCCCUUCCUUCCCUCCCUCCCACCCCUCCCUCCCCUCCCCCUCCCGACAAGAUGGCUUCCCUCCACGACUUCAUGGACAGCGUGGUGACACAGGACACAAAGCGCCGUCUACAGACGCACGGCGAGCUGGUUCCCUUCCUCAGCGACCCGCGCAGCUCCCUGGACCUGGCAGACUUUGACUCGGACCAGUUCAUCGAGGGGCUCACCAACUGGGUCAAGAGCAGCAACUUCAAGGUGUCUUUGAACGGCCUGGAGGUGCUGUGUCUGAUGGUGGACCGCAUGGGGGAGCAGUUCAAGCCUCACGUGACCACCGUGCUGCCGCCCGUCAUAGACAGGCUGGGAGACGCCAAGGACCAGGUCCGGGAUAUGGCGAAGCAGUUGUUGUUGAAGCUUAUGAUGCCGGCCUCUACUCCACAGUAUGUGUUUGACCGCCUGGGUACGGUGCUCGUUGUUUGCAGCUGUCCAAGAUUGUUCCGGACAUCUGCCGCUUGUUAGAUGACCCUAGUCCACAAGUGCGAGAGGCAGCGGUGAGCUCCCUGGUGGAGAUAUACAGGCACGUCGGGGACAGAGUACGCAAUGACCUCAAGAGUAAGGGUCUUUCACAACAGAGGUUGAACCAGCUGUAUGCCAAGUUUGAUGAACUGAGAGUCUCAGGGAAUAUGUUACCUACAGCUGACAUCA